UCCGCCAUGCGCUGAGCAGACGGCGUAAAUUUUAAUUAUUUUUACUCAAUCGUUUUUUAUUGUGUCUGCAAUGUGUAUUUUUCCCAAGAUUUCGGCUGUUCUAAGCAUAUUGUAAAAGAUAUUGUGUAUUAUACAUGUGAUGUUUGAAAGGUUUAAUUGAACGAAUAGGUAUAUGUUUGCUUACUUCUAAAUAUUUAAAGACGAACCAGUAAAAUCGGGCAGAAAUGGAUAAUGACGAAUAUGCCAUAAGCAAAAUGAAAGAUUUUUUGUCUAUAUAUAAUAAAAUGGCGGAGACUUGCUUUAAUCAUUGCAUUGACAACUUUAACUGCCGUCAAUUAACUGCUUUUGAGGAAUCAUGCAUUGAAAAGUGUACUGCUAAAGCUUUAGGUGUUAAUCAACGUUUAAUGAUGGCAUAUAUAGAUAUACAGCCAGAAAUUGUAAACAAAAGGACUGAAGAAAUUCAAAAUCAGCAGAGAAAUCUGGAGAAGAGUAGUUGAAACAUGCUCUGAAUUUGAUUUCCUAACUCAUACCCUGAAAGUUUUACUUAAAUUCUGAGGAAAUGAAACUAAAAAAAAUCAUAAACUCAUAUAUUAUUAAAUGGAUCAUUCACAUGAAAAGUCACUUUGAUCUUAUUUCAGUUCAGAAAAUUAAAGUUGGUGGAAUCAGAUGAAACUUUUUAUAGAAAUAGAUAUAUGGAAGGGCUUUAUGAAAAGAAUAUUUGUCCUGAAAAGUGUUUUGAUGACCUUCACUUAAGCGUGAGGAAAUGACGAAUUCAUUAAAAUUGGAUUCUAGUAGUUAUGCCUAACUGAUAUUUGAGUUUAGUCACAUACAAAUAUUCUCAAAUGUGGGAAUAACUUAUGAUUGUUCAGUUUGUGUGCAUUAUCUUACUUUAUUUUUCUAUAAAAAUAGAUGUGAGAGAAUGACGGAUGCAUAAACCUUAUUUGGUUUUAUGCUUUCAUAUAGAUUCCAAGUAAAAACUUCUAAAAAUUUAAAGAUACAAAUAUGCUGCAAUAUUUUUCUGGGUUUCCAACUGUAAGUUACUACACUUUUUGCAAAAAAAAAAAAAAAAAAAAAAUCGUUGCAAUUUUGGGAAGGAAAUUGACUGUUGUAAGAAAUGACUAACACUGGGAACAAACUUAAAAAUAAAUACUUCCACUAAUUUUUCACGAAAAUGUUAUUUUAAAUGAACUUUUAUAUAAAUCCUUCAAUGUUUUGAAAUAAAUACCACAAAAAUAGGAACUUACUGUUUGCUUUGAAAUAAUUUUUGCUUAUUUUUUACUCACAGUAGGGACAAGUGAGGGAAUGAAAUUGGAUAAUUUAGACAUACAAUAAAGAUUUUUAUUAUAAAAUAUAGAAACUUUACUUUUAAUUAUCUUCUUAAACUCUAUCCUGAAAAGUACUUUAAGCUCUAAAAUUAUGAAUGAGUCGUACAAUAUUUGUAAAUUAUAACAAGGACACACGUUUCUGUGAAAAUGACCCAAAUGCAUGAGUUUAUAGUUAUUUAGUUGUUUCAUUUAUGUUCACAAACAAAAAUUUCUUUUGCUAAGAUGGUUUUAAUAUUUUUGCUUUUUUAAGGAAUUUAGGUGAUGUUUUAGGCUUUUUCCGGUUUUUACCUUAGAACUCUAUGAAUAUGAUUCAGUAACACUUGAGUUGUCCCACACAUACUCAUAUGUUUUUAAUUAGUCCGAUCAACUAAGACAUAAAAAUAGUGAUCAAAUAACAAAAAUUCAGACAGAGUCGAAUUUUUUGUAGAGACCUUGGGUUUACCAUUACAAAUAAAGUGCCAAAAAUCCCCAUCUAUCCCAUGUGUGCUAAAAAACUUAUUCAGGGUCAAAGGUCAAAAUUUUAGGUUUUUUUUCUCAAAAACCAAGUUUUAUCGAAAAAGUACCUCUGCCCAAAGUUGUAGAUAUCAAAAUUCUCUAUAAAAAUAGUCCUUAUGAUUUUUUCUCAAAGACCAACCAUUUCCCAGACAUUGGGUACUCUAAAAAAAAAAGCCAGUCACUUACAGAAUCCCCUCUACUCGCAUGGGCUUGAAUAACAUUGGCUAUUCUAGUCUGUGUGGCGUCGUUCACGUACCUACAUCUUUUAGUGUUAAAUGUGCAGUUCGAGUGAAUAAACGUAUUUAUUACAAGAGUCUACUGUUGUUAGUGCUGAUCAAUAUUUAAAAAUUAAAAUGUCAUAACUUUGCUUUGUUUGCAUAAACUUUUGACUAAAGGUGAAACUGUUGUCGUCAGUCAUGGAAUGCCAACUUUAUUCGAUGCAAGUGUUGCGAGAAGUGACGAGUUUGCUGAUUAUUUAAGAAGUUAAAAGUCCGGUACAAUUCACGUGGAUUUCAGAAAGUCAUACACACAGAAAAGUUCAAUCUCUGCAGCAAAAAUUAAUUUUAAAUAAAAAAAACCCUCCUUCGAAAAACACCAAGGAACUAAGAAGC